UUAGUAUCGUGGGGAAGGUGGUGGUGUCGACACGCGCACCGCCCCCUCCGGCCUCACGCGCCACGCCGACACGCUGCCGCUCCGGCAGAUCAAGCCUCCUGUCACAGGCUCUUGGUCGCUCUGCCGUCACUAGAAGGAAGACUUCUUGUGUCGGUCGUGAAAAUGAUUUUGUAUAGUUACCGUGGGAUGACUAUAGCGAUGGAGCCGCGGCGGGGAUGAGAACAGGGCAGAGGACGGAGGGAAGAGCCUGAACAGGGUGAGGGGGAAGAAAGUGAUCGUUCAUUUUGUGACGAGAAAGGCCAUCGACGCAUGAGGGACUGGCGGCAAGAGAAACUUGAUGGAGCAGAAGAGGUGUGCCUGGCUACGCUGAGGGAGGCUGCUGACUGGAAGGUGGUGCCGGAAAACUAGUGCUGUGGUGGAAGUGUUGAACAGCAUAUCUAAUGGUGGACAUUUACUAGGUCAUGAAGGUGCAAGGGAUGCUGCAAAGUAAAGCAGUCUGGCAAACAAUGCAUCAAGAACUGGAUGAUGGAAAAUAAGUGAAAUCUAAAUGCAACACAAAGAAUAACUGUGUCUACGAAUCACGCUGCCAGGAUUGAAAGAUAAUUGAAGUUCAAGUGACAUAAGAAAUUUUGUGUUCUGAAACGUACGAGGCUGUACGCAAGGGUGGUAGCCAUGAUGGGCGUGUGUGUGGCUGGGAAGAGGUCACCCCGACUCUCGCCGCCCCUCGUCGCCAUCUGCCUGACGCUCACUAUUGUCUUCCCUGCCUUCGGCAGCUCCUCUUCCUCCUCCUCAUCCUCCUUACCAUCUUCCUCGUCGUCGGGGUCCCGCGUGCCCAUGUUCGUGGCCACCAUCCCCAACGUGACGGUGACGGAAGGACGCGACGCCUCCCUCCCCUGCAUAGUGAAGGACAUUGGAGACUACCAGGUGACGUGGAUGCACCUCAACCGCCAGAUGCUGCUUACCAUCGACCAACGUACCAUCACGCUCAUCCCAAGGUUCAGCGUGUCCCGGGACGACCCCACCACCUGGACCCUCCACAUCCAGGACGUUGAGCCCACGGACACCGGCUACUAUGUGUGUCAGGUGAACAUGAUACCUGUCAUCAACCAGGUCGGCUUUGUGCAAGUGGUCGUGCCGCCUCAGUUCGUAGACGAGGAGAGCAGUCAGUCCCACGUGUCGGUGCAAGAAAGGCACGACGUGAGGCUGGUGUGCCGUGCCCGGGGUGUCCCUAAGCCUGUCAUCCGCUGGACACGUGAGGACGGCUUGUUCUUUACUGCCGGCAGAAGCGGACAAGGUGUGCAGCAGGUGGAGUCGGAGGAGUUGGUGCUGAAGAGCGUCACCAGGAAGGACAUGGGCGCUUACCUGUGCAUCGCCACUAACAAGGUGCCGCCCUCCAUCAGCAAGAGAAUAGUGCUCGACGUGCAUUUCCAUCCUGUGAUCACUGUGCCCAACCAGCUGGUGGGCGCCCCCAUCGACACCUCGGUCACUCUGGAGUGUCAGGUGGCAGCCUUCCCCAACGCUGUCCACUUCUGGCGAUUUAACGACCAACUGCUGAUCAACUCCUCCCGACAGGAGACUCAGGAGAUCCGUAAGGGCUACACAACUACAAUGAAGCUUUCCCUCAGGAACCUCAAAGCCAAAGAUUUUGGCACUUACGUCUGUGCUGCAAAAAACUCCCUCGGGGAGACUGAGAGCAAUGUUCGUCUGUACGAAAUUGAGGUAAAUCGGAGAGCUGAGGAGAAGCAGGAGCAGCUUGGCAACAGCAACUCAGUAAUCAGGCCGGAGAGACCCAAUACUGACCGCAUGAUGGACAUAUGGAGCAAGCCUGGUGACUUCAGGGCAGGUCUGGAUUCUGACUCACCAAGCUACACUUUGGAGGAUGACACCAGCCUGGAGAGAGGCGGUGACUUUGCCGGAGGUCUAGACGGCAGCGGCGGCUCCCUCGGUAGAACAGGCUUUGGUCCAGCCUCCUCCAGCAGCUGCAACUUCCGAUGCUGUGGCGAGAUGUGGUGCAGUGUUUGGGCCGCGUGUGCUCUGGUCACAGCCUGGCUCCAGGGCCAACGCCAACCGCAGCCGUGCAUCGUGUUUGGAUUCUUGUUGGUGGCCGCGGCUGUGGCAGUAUCGACCCCAACUCUCGAUCUGCGGCCAGUCUUGGCCCACACCUGACAGCCAAUACGAAGAUGAAACACUUCACAGUGAAUCACAUUACCUGUGAAGGACAUUCUCCCAUAUUCGUCUUGUCGGUGGCGCUCUUUCAUGUAUUCUACAAAACACUGCUCUCAGGGGGGUUGGGGGAACAGUCUCUCGUGCAGGAAAGGUUCUCUUCGAAGACACCUUAUGUGUUGAGUGUGGCCGACUUUGGUCAGAAGGCGGAACAAAAAAAUGAGGAAGUACUUUGUGCCCGAAAAGAGAGUAUAAGUGCAUGUGUGCUGGGAAAAUCUUUAAAAUAUGUGUGUGAUGAUCCGAUGCCGUGCUGAACCAGCCAUACUGAAGCGGUGCGCUGCGCCAUAUGUUUACAAAUAUAGUAAUGUUCUUUGAAGGUUGCGUCAAUGCUGUACAUGCUUUCAUGUGGUACAUUCGUGUUCAUCUAUGACUAAGCCAUGAAUGUGGCGUGCCAUGUUUACAAUAACUAGCAGUUAAUACAAGUGGAGAAACGGUCGACGACUUAACAUAGUUCCGCAAGACUGCCGAGAGUUGGACAAGUUCUUCCCGCAGCAUAAUGCGUCGUUGUACUUUGCAAGGCAGUAUCUCUUUAGAAAUUGAGAAUCCUCAGCACAAUAUUUUACUUUAACGUCUCCUUUCGUUGAUCAAUUAUGACGAAAAGACUUCUUAAUAGUUUUCUUUUCUUCCCCUGUUUUUCGUCGGCCUAAAGUUUCAAGCCCAGAAAUCGAUGCUCCUCAAUCUGGCGGCGUCACUUCUCUCAAGACACUGAGGUACACAGGAACACCAAACAUGAGCACGCUAGUGACGGCCUGCUGUCUGUCCUGGCUCGCCGGCCGUCGUGCUCACCGUCACUCCUUCAACACUGAUCGAGAAAUACACCUCUAUCAAAACAUAAAGGCGACUGCCACCACCAACAGCGUUUCUCCACCACAUCACCAGCGCCUCCCAGCAAAUGUGGUGGUGUAAUGCCACCGUCACGGCCACUAUGCACAAUGACGCCACAAUACUGCUAAAGCUGUUACUGCUGCUGCUUUCCUCCCCAUAAUCACUCGGGAAUUUUCUCUCUGUCCUCGGUUUGUUGCACAGAUUAAGUCACACUCAUCUAUCUGUUUGGAGUUUGCAUACAUUCUCUCUCUCUCUCUCUCUCUCUCUCUCUCUCUCUCUCUCUCUCUCUCUCUCUCUCUCUCUCUCUCUCUCUCUCUCUCUCUCUCUCUCUCUCUCUCUCUCUCUCUCUCUCUCUCUCUCUCUCUCUCUCUCUCUCUCUCUCUCUCUCAACAUUACAAGAGGAUUACAAUUACGUACCAGUCAUCACGUAAACAACCAGUUAUACGUAGUAGUAGUAGGUAGUAUAAUAGUAGUGGUGAUGGUGGUGGUUGCGACGCUGGUGGUGGUGGUGGUGGUGGUAUUGGUAUUCUUCACAGCAAUAACACUAAUACUUUUUAGUAGUAGUAGUAGUCAUGGCCGACCACUUUUUUGAAAACUAAAUUAUUUAAUUGUCUUAUAUUCAGAUUUAAAAAUGUUUGUUUGUUGUUUGAUUUCAUUAUUUUAUAGUUCAUGAGAGGAGUUAGACGAGCCUUCAACUGUUUUCCGCGCCGACUUUUUUUUUUUUUUUUUCAUUUUUUUCUUAUUUUAUUUAUUAUUUUAUUUAUUUAUUUUUUUAUUUAUUUUUUCUUCUACCGGAUAAGUUUUCUCCCAACUAAGUCUGUAUUUGCCUCAAUUCCCCACAAUCUUUGCUAUGACAUUCAUGACUGCAAUAACGAUGCGGAGUCCUUUGCGAAUUUAUUCAAUAAAAAUAUAACUUCCAUGGUACUGAUGUCUUCUCGAAUAUAUAAUGUAUUGUAAUAUGUGGUUAUUGUAUGGAUAGUUUAAUGUAAAUAAAUAUGAUUGAUUGAU